AGCUGUUGUGCUCGAGCACAGUCCAGGUAGACCCCUCUGAGUUUAGGCCGACCGGCGGUGGUUCCACCGAGGACCCGCAGCAUGAGAAGCCCGGGGCAAAGCGGAAGCCCCAAGGGAGGCGGCUACGUCGGCCUGGCAGGAAAUCGCGGGAAACAGGCCUCUGGCACCAAUAGCCCUUCGCGCGUUGCUGCCCCUGCAGGCCGACGAAUGCUCUCUCAGAGCGACAAGACGUCGACGCCAAGACCGAGCCCAGAGGAGCUGACGCCGAGGAAUGGAGACAGCCGCCUGUCCAGUCCUGCGCCACCGCAGGCGCCGCAGGCUCCGGGCGGGGCUCGGACGGCGAUCGUCAUCUCGGGCUGCACCGGGAAGUACAAGCUCAUCAAUGACGUUUAUGAGCCUUUACAAAUGUCGCACCAGAACAAACCCUGCUGGCGGGCGAGAUCUGCUGCACCCGUCUACUUGUUCCACACCGGCAAGUCGCGGUGGGUCAUUAGCAAGCGCAUCAACGACGGUGCACGUUGCUACGCCUUUGUUUCUGACAACAACGGCACGGAUCCAACGCAAUGCCCUGGACCCUGGAUGUGUUGUGGAGACGAUGGCCAGUGGCAGAAAGAUGAGAACAUUAAAUGCGUGGUGGCACAGGCGUCCACGGAUCAGUUCACCAUGCUUAGAAGCCAGGUAGAAGAAGAUCUGGCACAUUAUGGCUUGAUGGAUGAUAAGAGCUUAAAGCAGAUGUGGAGGAAGCUGGACUCAAAUGGCAACAACGUGGUGAGCCUUGCAGAGAUAGAUGCCCUUGUCGUCGAUAUGACCAAGGCUGGAAUUUGGCCUGACUGGCUGAACAACAAGGAUUCGAUCAGGAGGGCGUAUGAAAAGACGAUCAAGAUUGAUGGUGAUGAAGACGACUGGGUGGAGAAGGAAGAGUUUCACGCACUACUUCUCAAUCUCUUUUGGUUUGGGCAUUUGCAUCAAAUCUUUGAGCACCUGGACACGAGCCAUGAUGGCAGAUUGUCCCUGGAGGAAUUCCAAGCAGGAAUGGGCGAGCUGGGAAUUCAGCUUCCUCCUGAUCAAGCAGAAAAAGAGUUUAGGGCAAUUGACUUGGAUCAUGGUGGUAUGGUCCUUUUCACAGAGUUCUGUGCCUAUGUGCGGAAGCGAGUUCAACCAGAUCACAACCCGGCUUUUGAUGCGGACAUUGUCACAAAAGACAAGUCCAGCGACACGCUCAGAAAGAAACACGGAGACAAGGCCACUCAUGGCCAGUUUGUCCAAAAGAAGACCUUAGCAGACUUUGACAAACUGGAAAAGGAUAUCAAGGACAUGAUAAAGGCAAAUGACCAGGCAAGGCUCUCGAAGAUGUGGAAGCGAUUGGACUUCAAUGGUAACAACAUUGUGUCUCUUGCAGAGGUUGACAAACUGGUGAACGAGCAGUUCCCCUUGUUGAACCACAAGCCUGCGUUGAUGCGAGCGUUCCAAGCAACGCUCAGAGGAGGCAAUGGUGACGAAUGGGUCCAGAAGCAUGAGUUUAAGAUGCUCCUUGGGAACCUCUUCUACUUCAACAAGCUGUUUUGGCUUUUUGAUCAGGUCGAUGAGGACCACGACAGGCGCAUGGACCUGAAGGAGUUCCAGUGGUGCAUGUCAAUGUGUGGAUUGAAAAUGUCACAAGCGAAGGCCGAGGCAGAAUUCAAGAAGAUCGAUGUUAAUGGUGGUGGGAUUGUUCUCUUCGACGAGUUCUGCAGAUAUUUCACAGAUCGACAAUGCCCAGAGGCAAUGCAGGACUUCGUGGAUCACCUGUGAGCAGCUCCAGCGAAGUCUGGUGUGCUGUUUUCUCAGUUAGUGCUCGAGAGGGGGACGCUCUGUGGGACCCAUUUUCUUCUUUGGGGCGAGUUUGGCAAACUUUGCCGGUUGGCUGUUGCUUGUUCGUUGA